UCUCACAGGUUUUGAGGACCUUUCAGUCCAUCAUGGCGGCGCCCGGUGGCACUCUGAACUGUGCGGACUUUUUAAUGUUUCAGGAGGUGUUAAAAGCAAUGCGUACCUUUGAUGACCGGAUUGUCCACGCUCUCAACACUACCGUGCCCACGGUGUCCUUCUCAGGAAAAGUGGAUGUCACGCAGACCUGCAAAGAGCUCUACGAGUCUCUGGUGGAGGCCCAUUUGAGUAGAGAUAAAGCAAUAAAAACGUGUAUUAUAGAAACCUCAGAAGUUGUCGGGCGGUUACGUGAAGCGAGGGCGAAGGACAGCGACAACCUGUCGAUCAUCAAACAACUCAGGAAAGAGCAAAACAAGUUAAAACUCAUGCAGUCUGAACUGAACGUUGAAGAAGUCAUCAAUGAUCGCAGUUUGAAGGUUUUCAACGAACGAUGUCGGAUCCACUACACCCCCCCUAAGAACUAAUUAAAGCUCCGUUCCCUUUGGAGAGGGCUACAGUAUACACUGAGCUGGCUGUGAAUCGCUGGAAACAACUGGAGUGAGUUGGGAUACCGCUCUGUUUUAAAUCCCUCUCAUUUCCCACUGUUAGUCUGAACUCCUGUGUUUCUACAGUAACAUGAGACUUCUUGCUCUUUAUGCCAGCGUUGUACUAAAUGUUGUACAAAGAUUUUUAUAAACAUUUAGUUGUUUUUUUCCAGUG